AUGGCUAGGGCCAUAGAAGUUGCACUACCUCACAGUCGCCAUAGACUGUGCCAAUGGCAUAUCCGUAAAAAGGCUCCAUCAAAAGUAUCGUGCUACAAUACCAACAACAAAGUGAAAGGCCUCUUCAAUAAGUGCUUGAGCAGAUGUGACUCUGAGGAGGAGUUUGAGAAUGCUUGGGCUGAAUUGAUCAUACAAGAGAACCUCCAAGAUCAUGUUUGGUUGAAGGAUCUUUAUAGGAUAAGGAAUAAGUGGUCAACAUACUUCAAUAAGGAUUGUUUUAGCAUGGACAUUCUAUCCACACAACGUAGCGAGUCUACUAAUAAUGUGUGUCAUGGCAUUUCUAAGCCCACAAGUUCUAUAACUGAUUGCUUUCUGGGUUUAGGGAAGGUGAUGAGGAAUUGGCGCCGGAAUGAACAGGAUGAGGAUUAUAGAUGCAGCCAGUCCGAAAUAGAACCUUCCAGUCAGCCAUCUCCAGCUAAGCAGUACAAUUUCACAAGCAUGCCAGAAUGGUUAACGGAGGACUUCAUAUCACAAGCAUGCUUGUCUAGUCAGGCAUCAGUACAUCAGUUCACAAGAACACAUAAAAGGUGUACGUUCAAAAAAGCCAUCAGCAAUGUACCUGAAGUUGAUGAUGGAUAUCAUUAA